AUGCCCCACGCCGUUCCUCCUCCCGGUGAUGCUCAAGCCGAGCAAGAUGAACUCGAGAUUCAGAAGCUGCUUAACGACGAAGGCACUGGCGCGUUGGACUUCUUUAACCGCGACCUUGAUCCUGGAGAGAAGGCAGAUGAUGCAGUAGACUAUGAGGAUAUCGAUGACGAUGAUUUGGCCGACCUCGACGAGGGUGAUGGCGCGAUCAAACCAGCAGACCGAGAUGACGAGGAACCCGGAGGCUUGGAUGAUAUUAUGCAGGAGGGGCAGUUGCCAGAAGUAAAGGAAGAGGCAGAUGGUGAACCGGACUUAUACGAUGAUUUAUUUGGCGAAGCGCCUUCUUCCGAGAUCGGCCAGCAGGAUCAAGAAGCAGCCGAAAAGGAGCAGGCGGAGGCUCUGGAAAGAGACAUUUCCAUGUCUUUUGAGUUUGACGAAGAAGAAAAAGGCCCCCAGUCAUCGGCAACCGUUCGAGAAACGUCCGCCCCGGAAAGCCAGAAAGUACCUCCGCGACAGGAAGAGCCGCCUUCGUUUCGAGAUGUGAAUUUUGGAACAGCAGUUCAGGAUGAGGAUGAGGCCGAAGACGAGCGGUUGAGAGAACAAAAGGCUCUUUUGGCCAUGUCCAUGUCUGACAGCAACUUGCCGCCAGCACCGCCAGAAAACGAGGAAGAGCUUUUGACAUCCAUGUGGCCAAAGUUUGAGCGAAAUGCUGUCCCUCGUUUCAUGGAUCUCAUCCCUCCGAAGAAAGCGCAUUAUCUGGGAAAGACUCCUCUGAAGCCCCCAAAGGUCGUCCAGCCGACCAAGCUUAGCCUUGAUAUAGCCCAAGACCAAGAGCGUAGCUUUCGACAAGCGGGACUAGCUCACCCAAGCAAACAUCUUCGAGAAGCUGAUGCCGAGCAAAGAGGGCUGGUGCUCAUUCCAGAUCUACAUCCAGAGGGCGAAGACGAGGACAAAGAUGAUUUAUUGGAGACGCUGUCGGACAGCGAGGAAGUUGGAGGCGUGAGCUGGCAAGAUCUAUGCAUCCUCUGUCAAGAUUGGGACACGAGUGCUCUAGAUGGGGAGUCUCAAGAUAGCCUGAUUGACAGGGAUAGUGGAAAAGGGUCGAGGCGUCGGUCAUUCGGGCAGUUUGUUGAGGACUACAGCGACGAAGAAAUCGAUCCCGCUGCUGCCAAGAGGCGAAAGCUAUCUCGUGAGAUUAAGGAUCUCUUCGCUAUACCUCAAAUCGCUCUACCUUCCCUUGAGGAUCCCGAAGCUGUUACGGCGAAACUUGCCAAGAGAGUUACUCUUGAUCUCAAUGACCCGCAUCUCUUGAUUGAUGUGCAGCCAGCGCAUCAGGCUAAGAGACGUCGUCUAGGCGGUGAUGUCCGACGUGGAGUUAGCGGUAGCUUCACGAAAGACCUGACCCGGCGUUACAAUAUCUCCAAUGACGAGGCUUAUGAUCUGCUGAAGGAGAAUCAUCAGAGCAAGAUUCGAAGCACAAUCGGAAACCUGACUGUCGAGCACAGUAUGCCUGCGGUUAGGUUGCAAUAUCCUUACUACAAGGUCAAGCUCCAGACGCGCGAAGCCAGGUCUUACCACCGGCCCUCAAUGCAAUUCCAUCCAAACGUUCCUAUCAUGUUCAGCAAGCCUCGGAGUCUGAAACGGAAACAUUUCAAAGGCAAAGACGCCAUGUCAAUGUUCACCUCGACGAAGGAUCUCUCGCUCGCGGACAACUCCAGCGUCUUAUUGCUCGAAUAUUCAGAGGAAUGCCCAACGAUGAUGUCCAACUUUGGCAUGGGUAGUCGUCUGAUCAAUUACUAUCGACGCAAAAACAAUGAAGACACUUCAAGACCUAAGCUCGAUAUUGGAGAAACUGCGGUUCUCAUGCCCCAGGACAAGAGUCCGUUCUCCAUUUUCGGAAACGUUGAACCCGGAACCACGAUGCCGACCAUCUACAACGGCAUGUUUAGAGCCCCGAUUUUUAGGCACGAACCAAGAUCUACUGACUUUCUGGUCGUUCGCAACACCACCGGCGUUGACGGGUCAAGCUUUUAUAUGCGCAACAUUGAGAAUUUGUGCGUAGUGGGGCAGCAAUUCCCGUCGGUCGACGUGCCUGGCCCGCACUCCAGAAAGGUCACGACCGCGUCAAAAAAUCGUCUCAAGAUGAUCUCUUUUCGUCAGAUUCGGAGGAAGAAUCCUCCCCGCAUCAGCGUCUCUGAGGUGACCAAACAUUUCCCAGACACGACUGAUAUUCAGAAUCGGCAGAAGAUGAAGGAAUUCAUGCAAUUCUCAAAAGAGCAUAAGGAAUGGGAGAUGCGCUCAGGCGAGCCGAUUCCAGACGAAGCGUCAUUGCGAUCCAUGGUCAAGCCGGAAGAUGUCUGUCUUCUAGAGGCGAUGCAAGUUGGUCAACGCCAUCUACAAGAUGCCGGAUACAGUAAAGAUGACGACGAAGAUGACGAUGACAGCAAGGAAGGGCAGAGUCUUGAACAGCAACUGGCACCGUGGCAAACCACGCGAAACUUUAUCAACGCAUGUCAAGGCAAAGCCAUGCUUCAGCUUCAUGGCGAUGGAGACCCAUCUGGUCGUGGCGAAGCAUUCAGUUUCAUCCGCACUUCUAUGAAAGGUGGCUUCAAAGCUGUGGGUGAGAGUGUCGAGGAUAAGCUGGAUGCCAAGAAGCUCAAAGAGCUCGGUGGCCAUAGCUACAAUGUGGCGAGACAGCAAAGAGCCUAUGAAGAAUCCAUUGCCAGGAUUUGGGAGGCGCAGAAGACGAGUCUAUCAUCCAACGUUGAACAUUCCGACAUGGAUAUUGACGAUGAACACCAUGAUGAAGCUGAAGAUUUGUUCAUCGGUGGGCCAACGCCUCGGUCAGAAGCGCCAACCCCCUCCGCAUUUGCUCGCCGAGAUGAUGAGACUACUAGUCAAUUUAGUCGAUUCAGCACCGCCAGUCAGAGUGGAAAGGUUCUUCGCAUCACUCGAGAAAUGAGAGAUCCAUACGGUCGCGUUGAGCGGGUUCAGGAUGUUAUCCGUGACCCACGAGUCAUCCGCCAAUACCUCCGUCGCCGUCACGAAAUCGAGGCAGAGACUCUCAAGCUCACUGAUCUUCGCCCGACUGGAGAUGCCGAGCAAGAUCGCCGGAACCGCAAGCUUCUCGAAGGAGAACUGGCCCGUCUCGAGCGAAACAAGGACCGUCGUCUUGCUCGCGACAAGCAAAAGGGUCUGCUGACCGGUGCCAAUGGCAAAUCCCCUGGCUCGCCAAGCUCGCCGUCUAAUGUCCAGACCAAGUCUGUCGGCACUCAGCGCAAGUGCGCCAAUUGUGGUCAAGUCGGCCAUAUCAAGACCAACAAGAAGCUCUGCCCAAUGCUCAACGGCACAAUGCAGCAAGAAGACGCCUUUGGCGAGUCCGCUUUCUCGUCCAUGGGUGCAUCUUGA